CCGCACCGCAGGAUGCCGCGGCCGCGCCCCCCGCCCGGCACCGCCGCAGCCUCCUCCUGCGGAGGGAGGCGGGGGGAAUGUGAGUGUGCAAAGUGGAAGAAACUCCCUCCGGCUCUCUCGGGGGAGAGGCUGGGGGGAUUUGGGGUAUUCUUUUUUUCCUUUUUUCCUCUCUUUUUUAAUUUUUUCUCUCUGCUGAAGCCACGUAGCAGCAGGUGACUGGCGCCCGCCCGCCGAGAAGGACCCUGUUUGCAUCGGCUCUGUGUGCAUGUAGAGGGCUCCCUCCUCCCCCUGCCUCCCGCCCCCCGGAUCAUUCUUUAUACCGGGGGAGCGUGUGCACUGCGGUCCUUGCUCUGGGAAUUGCUGCUGCUCUUCCUAUUCGUCAAGGGCUUUCCAAUCACCUGCCUCUGCCACCCUCUCCGCUCCGCUCUUUGUACUUUAUUUUCACGUGCUCUUUACUAACACGGCUAUUUUUAAAUCCCGCUUGGAUUUAUUUCUUCCUCUAUCUUUCUCUCUUAUUUUUCAUUUUUUUUAAAUUUUUCUUUUUUCUUUUUUUCUUUUCCUCCGGGGGGUGGGGGGGGAGGGAGGUUAACGCUUGCAUCUCCCUAAGGGAAAGAUCCCACCAGCCAACCCAGCUUCGCCACUGCUGCAUCCAUCCAUUCAUUUUUAUGGUCACUAACAGCCUAUCCCGGUAGUAGAAGGUGCAGAGAAGUGGGAGGCAGAGAGAGAGAGAGAGAGAGGGAGAGAUCCGGACAGCGAGAAUGGCCGAGAGAAAGAGGAACUGGAAUAAAGAAGAUGACCUGCCUGUGUAUCUAGCUAGGCCGGGUACGACAGCCCAGACACCGCGGCAGAAAUAUGGGGGGAUGUUCGCCUCCGUGGAGGGGGCCUAUGAGAACAAAACCAUCGACUUCGACGCCUACAGCGUGGGGAAGAAAGGGUCUCGGACUCCGCGGAGCGGCAGCCGGCACGACAUGCUGGAUGGAGGGGACAACUACAGCGAGACCGCCAGCGACAUCAGCGAGGUCUCUGGCUCCGUCAUCAGUUCCCCGGGAGACCGGGAGGACAAGACCCCGGGCGUGGAGAUCAGAUACCCCGUGGGGAAAGAGAUGCUGCAGGGCCAGGACAAUGGGCAGAGUGACCGACUACUCAUUAAAGGUGGAAGAAUUAUCAAUGAUGACCACUCCUUCUAUGCAGACAUAUACCUUGAAGAUGGACUUAUAAAGCAAAUAGGAGAGAAUCUGAUUGUUCCUGGAGGAGUCAAGACCAUAGAGGCUAAUGGGCGGAUGGUUAUUCCUGGGGGAAUAGAUGUCAACACUUACCUACAAAAGCCCUGCCACGGAAUGACUACUGUUGAUGACUUCUAUCAAGGCACAAAAGCAGCGCUAGCAGGGGGCACCACCAUGAUCAUUGACCAUGUGCUUCCAGAGCCUGGAUCAAGUUUACUGACCUCCUUUGAGAAGUGGCAUGAGGCAGCUGACACCAAAUCCUGUUGUGAUUACUCGCUCCAUGUGGACAUCACCAGCUGGUAUGAUGGGAUUCGAGAAGAGCUGGAAGUACUGGUGCAAGAUAAAGGUGUGAACUCUUUUCAAGUCUACAUGGCCUACAAAGAUCUCUACCAAAUGUCUGACAGCCAGCUUUAUGAAGCCUUUACCUUUCUAAAAAGUCUUGGGGCUGUUAUCCUGGUCCACGCUGAAAAUGGAGACUUGAUAGCUCAGGAACAAAAGCGUAUCCUGGAGAUGGGAAUCACCGGACCCGAGGGACAUGCUCUGAGCAGGCCCGAGGAGCUUGAAGCAGAAGCAGUUUUCCGUGCCAUCACCAUUGCCAGUCGAAUAAACUGUCCAGUGUACAUCACCAAGGUGAUGAGCAAGAGUGCGGCUGACAUCAUUGCACUGGCCAGAAAGAAAGGUCCCCUUGUUUUUGGAGAGCCGAUCACUGCCAGCUUGGGGACAGAUGGGACACAUUACUGGAGCAAAAACUGGGCCAAGGCUGCAGCUUUUGUGACCUCACCACCUCUGAGUCCUGAUCCUACCACUCCAGAUCACUUAAAUUCACUCUUAGCAUGCGGGGACCUGCAGGUGACGGGAAGUGGACACUGCCCGUAUAGCACUGCCCAGAAAGCCAUUGGAAAGGACAACUUCACUAUGAUUCCUGAAGGGGUCAAUGGAAUUGAGGAAAGAAUGACUGUUGUCUGGGACAAGGCUGUAGCCACAGGUAAGAUGGACGAGAGCCAGUUUGUAGCUGUCACCAGUACCAAUGCUGCCAAAAUCUUUAAUCUGUAUCCAAGAAAAGGCCGGAUUGCUGUAGGAUCGGAUGCUGAUGUGGUUAUUUGGGACCCCGAUAAGGUGAAGACUAUCACAGCUAAAAGCCAUAAAUCGGCCAUUGAGUACAACAUCUUUGAAGGAAUGGAGUGCCAUGGUGCCCCACUCGUGGUCAUAAGCCAAGGGAAGAUUGUGUUUGAAGAUGGAAAUCUGCAUGUAAAUAAGGGAAUGGGCCGCUUCAUCCCUCGCAAACCUUUCCCUGAAUAUCUUUAUCAGCGCAUCAAAAUCAGGAAUAAGGUGGGAGGACUGCAAGGAGUCUCCAGAGGAAUGUAUGAUGGACCUGUGUAUGAAAUCCCAGCUACGCCAAAAUAUGCAACUCCUGCACCCUCAACUAAAUCCUCCCCUGCCAAAAACCAGCCCCCACCAAUCAGAAACCUCCAUCAAUCCAAUUUUAGCUUAUCAGGAGCUCAGAUAGAUGACAACAACCCACGCCGCACUGGCCAUCGCAUCGUGGCACCUCCUGGUGGUCGCUCUAAUAUUACCAGUCUUGGCUGAAAAAUUGUGAUGGACAGAAACACAAGGAUGAAGGAUCAUGGGAAUGUCUGUUCCCUUCAACAUCUGUGUUAUCAGACCCACAGUUUUAUUUGGUACUAAUGGAAAUAAAAAAUGAAAUGUCUUUUUUUUUUUUUUUGUAUAGGAAGAGGUGAUAAUAGUGUGGUGUGUUUGCUUGGAACUACUUGCCUCACAAUUGUGCUUUCAUGCCAUAGUCACCUUAAAGCAUGGUGCUUCCAUUGCCCCUUUAGUGACUACAGGUUUUAGCUUUGUCUCGUAACUGAAUGAUGGUUCCUUUGCACCCUUUUGCUGUAUUAGAGUAGUUAAUGCAUGUUACUGAGUUAUUUAUGCAAGUUGCAUUCUGUGAGUGAGUCCCUUUAGAACACGUUGCCAACAAUUGACUAGACACAAUGCCAAGAUUAAUGUCGGUAUUUGAGAAACAGCACCAAAAACACUUAUGAAGGAAGAAAAUGGCCAUUUGAAAGUAUGUAGUAGAGUAGUAUAGGCAGCUUCUGUUUCAUCUUUAAUUUAUUAUAAACCCAAAAAGCACUUCUCUCAGACACAGAAAAUCAGCGGGACAUGUAAUGACAAAUGGUCUCUGUAGCACCUGUCUGUUCCCACUCAGUACGUUCCAAGUCUGUGUCCUUCUUGUUUCAUUUUAGAGCCAUAAUUUAUACAUACCAAUGCCAUUGCCUCCCCUGCAGGGAUUUCUCCACCUGGGCAGUAGUGCUCUCCUUCUGCAUGAGAACUUUGGUACUUACAGGUAAUCCAAGUUGCCGUCGGAUUUUUAAAGUUUUUUGUACAAAGUUUUUCCUUUGUAAUCACAUGCAUUUUUACUUACUCUACCGUAUCAAGAUCUACUAGUCGUGGUUCAAUUUCUGAAUUCAAAGCUUGUGAAAUAAAAGAAAUUAAUUCAUGGGUAA